GGACGCGGCUGGGAGCCCUCAGCCUCUGGCUCUCAGAGUCGCCGCUGGCUGCUCGGGGCCAGAGAGGAAUCCCUUCGCCGCCGAGGUGAGGGCGCCCCCCACCGCGCGUCCCGUCCCGUGCGAGGCUGCCCUGCGGAGGGCGCCGGAGCCUGGCCGGGAAUCGCUGCUGUCGGGCUCUCGGCCCGGGAGCGGAAUCCGCGCUGCCGGGGAAGGAGAGCAGGAGUCCAACGCAGUCAGGGUCUCCGGAACUGGAAUCUCUGCGCUUCCUAGCUCCAGGACCCGGGGCUGGUCUCCAGGGACACACCAUGUCCAGUUUUGAAGAUGCUGACACAGAAGAGACGGUCACUUGUCUCCAGAUAACUGUUUAUCAUCCCGGCCAUUUACAGAGGGGAAUAUUUCAAUCAAUCAAUUUUUCCAAGAGAGAGAAGCUCCCUUCCAGUGAAGUGGUGAAAUUUGGGCGCAAUUCCAGCACCUGUCACUAUAUUUUUCAGGACAAGCAGGCUUCCAGAGUCCAGUUUUCUCUGCAUCCAUUUAAACAAUUCAAUAGCUCCAUUCUUUCUUUUGAAAUUAAAAACCUGAGUAAGAAGACCAGUUUGAUUGUGGACAGCCAGGAGCUGGGCUACCUCAACAAGAUGGACCUGCCCUAUAGGUGCAUGGUCAGAUUUGGCGAGUAUCAGUUCCUGCUGGAGAAGGAGGACGGAGAGUCCUUGGAGUCGUUUGAAACUCAGUUUGUGUUUUCUCCCAGACCACUUCUGCAAGAGAACAGCUGGCCAGCACAGAGCCCUGUCCCUGAGGAUGGCAGCUUUUCAUCUGGCUCCAUUCAGAGCUCUUUCCCUACAGAAAUGGAUGAAAAUGAAUGGUGAACUCAGCAUCUUCGUGGCAGUGUGGAGGUGGAAGGGCGGCAGAGAUGUCAUGCGACCGCAAGUCUGUUCACGUGCGCACCAGGGUCUCCAUCAUGCUGUCGAGAUGGAAGUCUGUGAGCUGGAUGUCAUCAGCCUGGUCACAUGUUGCAUUUGUAGGUCUCUGAAGACCUGCACAUCUGGAUGGGUCAAUGUAUAAAAAUGUCCUUUGUGAGGAAAAAUAUCUUUUGUGAAGAUAUUGUGUUGUUGAGGUUCUGUUUUCUUCUGCUGUGCUUGACUUCAGUUUCUGUCCUGGUCCCUCGCUUGCUUAUUUCAGAGCAGCCAGUAACUUCCAAAGUCAAGGCUCCAGGUGAGUUGUGUCCAAAGCCAGUCAGGUCUAUAGCCUGUCAGGACUUGUGCAGCCCCAGGACUUGUGGAGUGGAUUGUGUCUGCAGCCUGUCAGGACUAAUUCUGUGCAGGUAUAGAGAGUUUCUUCCUAAAAUGACAAUUCUUCUACUCUAGCCUCAGUACCUAAAACUAAUAUUUAAACAUUUUAAAGAACCACUUUGACUGGGAUUAUUUCCUUACCAAAUUUGAUUUUUAUGUUUUAUAUAACUUUAAAAUUUCAUGAAUUCAACCUUUUAGCAUCCAGGCACAUAGAAAAGUUGAAGUCUUUCUAAUGGUGCUCUAUGCAAAUAAAUAUAUGUGAAUAUUUAUAAUAAAUGCUUAAAUAUUUCUAAAAUUUUAGCCUGUGAUACAGUUGUCUUUAAAAGACUCUCCACUAAUUUUUGUGAGGUUAAAAAUGAAUGCUACUCAUUGCUAUAAAUAAGAAUGAUUGUCAUUCAGUUAUGUUAAAUUCUAGCAUUAGCAGUGAAGCUCCCUAUAUAAUUUUCCAAGUAAAUAAAAUUUCAUGCUUACUGUAAGAAGUUGUCCUUUCUGAAAAAAAAAAAAACCCUAAAAUUUGGUAAUAGCCUUUCUGAAAUAACUUAAUAAAUUUUCCAGCUGUGUAGCCCAGGCUGACAUUAAACUCACUAAGUAGCUCAGAAGCUGGUUUGGAAUUUGUGACCCUUUUGCUUCAGCCUUCCUGCCCAGCUGGGAUUACAGGUGUCUACGACCACACCUGGCCACCUUUUCUUGAUUCAUAUCAUCAGUUGUUCCUGACCUGUACCAUGUGACAUCCUGCCUCUCAGCCUCCUCCUCCAAUCCUGGGACUGUUACUGUAGAGAACUGCUCAUCUCUACAUGCAGUGGCCUGGAUGACCACUUCCGGUCCUCCAUCUGGUCUCCUUCCUGUGGUAGGCAGAGUGACAAGCUUGAUGCCUUGCCAGUGUCCCUCUGUCCACCUCCAGUGUCCCACAAUAAAGGGAAUUAAGACUGAAAUGGAAGCAGUGUUGCUCAUUAGUCAGCAUUAAGAGUGAUCAAUCACCCUGGAUUAUUUUGGACCCAGGUAAUUACAUGGGCCUGAAAAGUGGGAGGAGGUGGAAUUAAAGUGGGAAGAAAGCUAAAGAAGACAUUGGUGUGAAGCACGACAAAGACUCUGAAGAUAAGAGGGAGUCCAGGAGCCGAGGAACGUGGGCAGCUCUGGAGGCUGGAAUGUGUUGGGACACCUGCAUGCUGGAGACCAAGGCCCCAACAGUGGAAGUGAGACCUACCUUGACUUUAGUCAGGGACACCUGGGUUCCUUCUUGCCUGUGGAAUUUUAAGAUGUUUUGUGCCACUGACUUGCAGUAGUUUGUUAAUUAAGUAGAAAACUGAUAGCUUCCCUCUGGUCCGAGGUCUGUCAUUUCUUGCCACUGUCAACCAGUUGCCUGCUGAAUUCUCUUUUUCUAAUGUUGUACUUUCAUUGAUGAGGACUUAACAAACCAGACUACUUAGCUGGUGAGGACUGCUUACCAUGGAGUUUCUUGGUAAAGGCUGCCUGUGAAUGAAGAAUAUUUUAUUGUGGAACUAAUAUCACAUUUUGGAAGAAUUUUCAUGGAUAACUGAUUAAAUUGCAGAGUUUUAAUAUUAAGGAAUUCCUGUAUGAUUGUUACAAAACCCACACAGUGUGAUAGGUAAGACCAUGUUCACCUGAAAUAGUAAUUUCUGU